AUGAUAAAAAUGCAAAUCCUGAAAGGAUUAAACCAAAGGAGUUACGACCCUGGACACCUUGAACGGAUGGUCAGUAGCAAAUGCUUCCCUCUACCGACAGAAGGAUUAAGACAUGUAUUGAACAGAAACGAAGAGGUUACACUAGUUGGAGGGGACAAGAACACAAAGAAGAAGGAGAAGAAAAAAGAACCAAGUGGUCCACUUAACUGGAGCAAAAAAUGGGCAUCUGCAAGGAAGAUAUACUUCUGUUCACUCUAUGUGGAGGAGAAUUACGAAAUGAUUGUGCAGAUCUACAGAAAUGAAUAUCCCCUUAGCGAUUUUUACUUAACUUACAUCUACGUGAUGGCGUUGCUCAAACUGAGAAGGUAUGCCUUCUGUUGGGAGUACCUCUCAAGAGUUAACCGCCUCCGGGUGGCACAUCGAGCAGGUGUAGCAGGUGUAGCAGGUGGAGCAGGUGGGGCAAUCGGUCCAUUGGGCGAAACUGGCGCAACUGGCGCGGGGCUGGUUCACUUCCUGUGGGGCAAGCUAUACGAAAAGCUGCUACUGUGUAGACUGAGCGCGGCGGAGUACUCGAAGUUGGUGCUUAACCACGUGGGGAAGUCUACCCCCAGUUUGCACACACGACUAGGAGCACACGAAGUGACAGCUACAUCUCACAACGGCAUGGCGGACAUGCAGCCAUUCAUUCUUGUCUGCCUGGACAAACUGAUAGGAACGGGACAACUGAAAAGGAGAGAGGAAAGCAUGACACUCAAGUUCGUACAGGUGAAUUACAACUUGGGGAAAGUACUUAACUUUUAUUUUUGCAAAUGGGUAAUAAACAGAGCUAUCAUUUGGGAAGGGAACACACCAUCAAAUAAGGAUACAUUGAGGACGGCACGGAGGUUAGCAAUUCGGUUGAAGCUUAUCGAUGUUUGUCCUGUGCAUGCAUUUUCACCAAAAGGGGAUAGACCAAUUUGUCACGAAGAAAGCAUUACUGCAGUUGGAAAGCAGUCUAGGUAUUGUGUGGAUCAUCCGUUGUGGUCUGAAAAAUCGAUUCGAACAGAAAAAGUAACCCUACAAGAUCUUCUACACAGCAUCUCGUUCUGUCACAAAAAAUUCGAUUUUUUGAAUGCAUACUAUUUAAGUGAGUAUACCUUACGGAGAGAAAAUGCGUUGGGAGAAGAGGACACCAUUUUGCUGUUCGUCGAAUCGAUCACAAGUAUGCACAGCGUUGUAAGUACUAGUGAGCAAAAAAUCGAUCGGCUUCUCCAACUGUACAAUGCACGGGUGAAUCACAUAGCAUGGAAAGCCAGACAGUACACCCAAAGUGAGAAACAAAAUUAUGAGCACACGAAGGACCACCUUGACUACUACCUACAUGGUGUUAUUGCGCUUCUGAAGGAAAACUACGAACAGGCACUUCUUUAUCUUAAAAAGUGCGUAAAUGUAAAGAGGAAGUUCUUUCUGGCAUAUGUGUACAUGCUCCACGUACUUUGCUGCUCACCGAUGAGGAAUGCCUUUAACUUAAGAGAAAAAAAAAAAUUUUCCACCAUUGUUUGCAUGUACUGUUCAAGUGUACUGAGCAAACUGCAGUUAGACUUAAAUCAGGAAAGAGAGAAACGAGGGGGUGACAAAAAGAGGAAGAAAAGCUUGCUCAUCGAGUCAACAACAUUUUUGAGGGAUAUAUUUUCCAAAGCAAUGCAUCUCGAUAAUAAAAACGCAUUUUUGUACAACGAGUUAUUUGUUUUUCAUUUUUUACGAAAAGAUUUUAUUCAAUGCCAAAUGGUGCUACGCAAAAUGUUACUCAUAAUAGAAGACCUUUCUUCUCCCUGUUGCAGUUCGUUUCCUCUUUCUGUUGUCCUCUACAAUUGCAGCGUUUUUUAUUUUUUGUGUGAAAACAACCUGAACAAGUCAGCAAAAAAAGUGAUUGAAAUUUUACAGAAUAAUCCCUUUGAUGUAAAAGCUUUGAAUCUUUUAACUUUCCUUUUAUUUUUAAAGAGGGAUCAGUACUGGACGUGCUUUUUCGAUUAUUCUAUGUACGUGGAGAGGAGUCUCCUUUCGCGAAAUGUGGGGAGUCAACGGACAUACUUGUGCCAUAGUUUUUUCAACCGCCUUCGGGAGACGCGGGACUUGGGGCUGCUCGCCCGGUACUACGGGGCGCUCAGGGGCGUGCGGGCGUCCUUCCCAUUCGUGCUCAAUUACAUCCACGCGAGUUACUCGCCGUAG